AUGAUUCCUACGGGCUCCGAGGUGCCGGAGACAUGGGGGAAGUCAGCGAAGCCCCCGGCGCCAACCGCCACUGCUGCCACUGCAUAUACCAAUGAUACCCUUACUGCUGCCACGACUACUAGUCCCACUGCUGCUACUACUACUGCUACUGCCACCACUACUCCUGCUACACCCACGCGGCGGCGCCACUCGCACCUGACGCCGUGGGUGCGCCGCCAGAGCUUCUUGCUGGCGACGAUGAUGGGCGACGAGAACUACAGCGUCUACGAGCUGUGGAGCUUUUUCGCCGAGGGCAACUUCCACAUCUUGUCGCUCAAGGAGUGCCAGGGGUUCGUGUUCAACCAGGACUUGUUUGCCCUGCCCUACCAGCAGCUGCGAUCGCUUGCCACCGAGCGCAUCCGGACGCUAAGCUACGGCGGCAGCUGUGCGCCCAAGGCGCUGCCGGGGCGCCGUGGUCCUCAGGCACGCCGCCACACGCUGUACCACGAGCGCCGCCCCUGGCUCAGCGACGUCGCUGGCGACGACACCGACGCCGCCGACGAUUUCGGUAAGGACGACGACAUCGACAUGCGCGACCGCACCGGCGCCGACGACGACAGCGACGAGUUUGACGACGACAGCGACGACGACAGCGACGACGGCGGCUUCAACGACGGGCGGUUCCGCGUCGACGUCACCGAGGUGGUAGUGGGCGAAGGCGACGACGUCAUCGGCGAGCUUGCCCGGCGCCACGCGGGGGCGCUUUUACAUAGGUAG